CAGGAGAUGGAAUAUAUUUCCGUCAAUUCAAUUCAGUUCACUUCAACUCAGUUAAUUUCGCUGGUUGAAUUGUAUAUCUAAACUAGCUGGGUAGAUUCACCUGAUCAUAUCACAUAUCUAUACAUCUUACGGUACAUAGCUAGGUUUAAGAAUUAAUAAAGUAAUUAUUAAGAUGAAGAAGGUGGGGGGGCUGGAAGGGUUGAAGGCGGUGAUGAUAUCCGCGGUGGCGCUGAGCCUGGUGGUGGGCCGGGUGCAGGCGGCGGUGACCCUGCCGCCGGAGGACAAGCCUCUGAUGCGGCACUACUACAAGAAGACCAACACGUGCGCCAACGCGGAGGCGUUCGUGCGCCACCAGGUCAGGCUGUGGUGGGACCGCGACCCCAACAUCACCGCCUCGCUGCUCAAGAUCCUCUACGCCGACUGCCUCGUCAAUGGGUGUGAUGCGUCGAUCCUGCUGGAUGGGCCCGACACAGAGAAAACAGCGGCGCGGAUGGCAAGGGUGGGGGGGCUAGGGUUGGCGGCGGAGGACGGGAUGGUGCUCAUCGACAAGAUCAAGACCGUGCUGGAAGUCCGCUGCCCGGGGGCGGUCUCCUGCGCCGACAUCCUCAACCUGGCUGCCCGCGACGCUCUUCACCUGGCAGGGGCGGCGUCGUACCCGGUGUUCCUGGGCAGAAGGGAUGGGGUGGAAUCGAAGGCAGCGUGGGUGGAUCUCCCGGGGCCGUCCAUCUCAGUGGAGGAGGGCCUGGCGUACUUCAAGUCCAAGGGCCUGGAUGCGCUGGACUACGCCACCCUCCUGGGCGGAGGCCACGCCGUCGGCAGAACCCUCUGCAGAUACAUCCUGGACCGCCUCUACGGCAGCAGAGGCGGCCCCACCAUGACCAUGAACCCAUCCCUCCUGCGCGAAUUGAGGAAGCAGUGCCCCCAGCAGCAGCAGCAGCAGGAGCGCGUGGUCUUGUUGAAUCAGUUGCGCAUGAGCGGCGGCGGCGGGAGCAGGCGGCUGUUCAGCAACGCACUCUACGGCGAGGUGCUGCAGCACAAGGCGGUCCUGGGGGCGGACCAGGGCCUGCUCUACAACUACAACACCACGCAGCUGGUCCUGGAGUACGCCAAGAGCCUCGACAAGUUCCGAGCCCAGUUUGCGCUCUCCGUCAGCAGGAUGGGAGGCCUCCGGGUCCUCACCGGCCGCCAAGGGGAGAUCCGCCGCAACUGUCGCUCCCCGAACACUAUCUAUUACUAAUUGUAUAUUUUUGGUAUCUAUAAUUCUUUUGCCUUAUGGUUUUGCAAUUUCGUUGUGUGUAUAUGCACGCAUGCAUGUGAGACGACGUCGACGUGACACAUGUGUUGUGUCUGUCAUCUCUACAAAAUAAUAGCGUAUAAAUAUAUGGUUGCAAAUGUGACUGCCCAUUAUAUGUUCCAAAAUCUAUUUCUAUUGAUACAUAAAUCUACGUU